UAGAAUGCCGUUUUGUAUUCGUGCUACCUCACAGGUGGCUAUCACGGAAUGUUAGCUGGUUUUGGGUAAUUGUAUAUCUGACGGAGCAGCAGUUUUAACCUAACAUGGACUUCCUAAGGAUGUGGAUGUUAUUGAUACAUGUGAUGUUGGGUUGGAGUCCUUUACCCACAAACGGUGCUGACUGCCCAGCUGGUACGACUAUAGUUGGUGAAACUACUCCUUCUACUAGAUGGCAAUCAGACUUUGGAGCAACAGGUAUGAGCCUGCUGGUAGCAGACGAGGCGGUCACCUGUACCUGUGGGGUGGUUUACGCAUGGGAGUAUUUUUCCAAAAGUGUUAACCCCGUAAGUUUUCAAAUUUGGAGAGAGACUGGUACGACAGGAGUCUAUGAAUUAAUUGGACAACACCUCGAUACACCAGCAUCUACCGGUACGACGAACACGGCAACAUUUGCAUCGACCAAUCGAAUCCCCGUCGAACCGGGCGAUAUCAUCGGCUGGUAUUCUUCAGCUGCUUCCGUGGUUAGUUAUAAAGAUAACGGAGCAGCAGGUCCCGACCAUCGUACGUCUACUACAGUUGGUGCUCUGGCAGUCGGGAAUACCCACGACUGGAACGGCAACGCCCUGGUGAAAGGCAAACGGUUUGGAUUCCAUGCAAAGAUACAGCCAGGUUCUACCCCGACAAUAACUAACCUGCCUACGUCGACCUCGAUCAGCGACACCACGUCCACUGGUUUCCUGGUGUUUACGCUGACCGUGUAUGAUGAUGACGGCGACACAGUGACCACCACUAUGACGUCAGUGUCCACUGAGUUCGCAUUUGACACUACAACACUUGAAGUAACAGCACUUAUCAGUACAAUUGCUGCCGGAUCAUACCCUCUGACGUUCCAAGUACAGGAUCCCUGUGGUAAAACUAGUACGGGUACACUGACAAUAACAGUGAAUAAUUCGCCCCUGUACAUCAACAGUCUGCCGAGCUAUACUGUGGUCAGUCAGGACCUUACUGCCCUUACACUGCACCACAGCCUGGCUAUAUCUGACGCCUCCCCGACCGACAGUAUUGCCAGCUGUACCUUGGCUGCGGCCCCUAAAUUCUCUACCAGUAUUGUGUCAGGAACAACACAUGGAAUAUACUCUAUUGCCAAUCCUACGUUUAACUAUGUAACAACAAAAAAGUACCAGUUUGACACCACUUGUACGGACUCCUAUGGCUCCUCAGACAGCGGAACUUUCUACGUGUAUGUUACUGCCAACACCUCUCCAACACUAACGAACCUGCCAGCUACAACAACUAUCCCAAGUACCACACUUACUGGAACCAGUCUGUUUACCGUAACAGCCUCCGACAUCGACGUCACAGACACCGUUACGUUCAACAGCCUCACGUGCUCUACAGGGACCUGUCCAUUUACGAUAAACACAGGGACGGGUGAAAUUCAGACAAAUACUAAUCUAGCCACACUGACCAGAGUCGGAUAUGACGUGUAUGUCACUAUAACUGAUGGUACAAAUACAGUAGGACCACGAACGCUGACCGUCAUGAUAUCCGGUAUCAAUACUGCCCCCGUCAUACAGAAUACUCCACUCACAUUCACGAUGCCGUUAUUGGAGAACAGUGCGUUAAGCGCCUCUCUGUAUAAGAUCACUGCUGCUGAUCCGGAUCCAGACACGCUUACAUACAGUGUUGUCUACACGCCUGCUGCUGAAGGAGCUACCGUUUUUUCGUUUGAUACUUCUACUGGCUUGCUAUCCACGUCGUCGUCCACCAUUGUAGACUACGAGAGUUUGACGAGUAAAAGUUUUACUGUGGAUGUGACAGUGACUGAUGGCACAGAUACAGACACUUACUCCACGUUCACUGUUAACGUCAUAGAAGUUAACGAAGCUCCAGUAUUUGGGAGUACGAUCUACUAUGUCAGCGGAAAUGAAGGAAAUGCUGGGGAGAGCUUUAGUAGCCCAGGAUUUGUGGUGACUGAUCCGGAUGUCAGCGCCAGUCAAUCCUACACUGUCGACUGUCCCGCCAUUGCAAUGGAUUCCACUACAGGCGCGGUGACCUUGAGUGGAACGUACGACCUUGACGUUGUCGGUACGGCGUCAGUUUUGACCUGUAUUGCCACUGUAUCGGACGGCGAGCUGACUGAUACGACACAACUCAUAGUCACAAUUAAUGACGUCAACGACCAUAUUCCGUCGUUCGCCCAUGCAUCAUAUACAUUAUACACGACCAUUUACGGUAACGUUGGCGAUACGAUUGGGAGUAUAGCGGCUACGGACGGGGACCUGGGUAUUAAUGGGGCGAUUAGCUAUACGCUGGACCAAACCUCCCUCAACGAAUCGUACUUCGGGGUAACCGGGACAGGGAACCUAUACAUUAACAGAUUUCUUACGUCAUUUGGAGAUGGGACAUAUUUUUCAUUUUCUGCCAAUGUGACCGACUACGGUGGCCUGACAGAUACCGCCGAUAUAAAUGUCGUUGUAUAUGCAACCACCACUGUACCAACCACGUCCACGACGGAGAGGUACGCCACUUUCUUCGAGUAUCCCCCUAACAUUGCCUGGUUCACCGUGUUCUGUAUGACCGCGGUCACCGCCACAGCUGCGUUUUCUUACCUGGCUUAUGCGCACGGAUUCCUCAGACAGCUAACAUGUGAAGAUCUAAAGUCUGUGUUUAGAGUCAAGAAAAAGCGGUAA